AUGGUGACAAGAAUUCUGGCAGGAUACUUGGGAGGAAACUGCACCUUGCAAGAAUCAGGACUCAGCCAGCUGCAGCUAGUGUUAAAAGCAAUUGGAAAUGCAGGGUUGGCAGCAACAUCUCUAACACCUAGCCUGAGUUCUUGUGCAUCCCUGAGAAGCAAUCCCACUGAAAUCCGCCUGGCUGCCAUACAGGCCUUCAGACGCAUUCCCUGUUCUGCCAAUCGUACUGUAUUAGUCCGUUUAUAUCAAGCAGCCGAUGAUGACGUGGAAAUAAGAAUUGCUUCAUAUUAUAUAGCAAUGAAAUGUCCGAGUGAAGAGCUGUUUAACCAAGUACAACAGACUUUGCAGGAGGAGACAUCCAGCCAAGUGGGUUCUUUUGUUUGGAGUCACCUCUCUCAGCUCCUGGAGACAGAUGAUCCCCUGAAGCAAUAUCUUAGAGAUUCUCUUCCUGAUGACAUUCUCAGCAGAGAGUUUGACUGGGAGAUAUGGAAAUAUUCCUCGUAUUCAGAUGUCACUUUCCAUUCAGCAACUGCAGGUGCUAAUGUGGAGGCAGCACUGGUCUUUUCUCCUGCAUCUUUCAUCCCACGAUCAACAAUGACAAACUUGACUAUAUACACCCUAGGGCGGGCUAUAAAUCUAUUGGAGUUCAAUGUACGGUUAGAGAAUGCGGAAGAUCUCAUGCAGAAGAUGGUUGGCCAACACUCUGCUACUUUUAGUGAAUACUUGUUUACAAAUACUGAUGAAAGAAACUCCAAGUGCCAAGCCCAAGUUAAGAAACGCAAAGCAGAGCUGUCCAGGUGGAAAGUACAAUAA